CUCCUGAAGCUGACACAGAAGCUGCUGGCUGGCAAAGGUGACGUGGAGCAAGAUAUGGAUGUUGAAUUUAACUGUCACCCUGCAUCUCAACGCAGAGGGCUAACAGUACUAGAAACUAGCUAUUCAAGUUAGGAUAAUUUCGAUAUUUUGUUAUAAUAGACAGCGAAAAGGCAGCGAUACUGCCAACCAGCUAGCCAACCUGUGCAGUAUAAGUGCUGACUACCUCACUGCGGAUACAGGAGGUAGAGUUCUGCAGUAGCGAGUUUUGAUAAAUUACACUUCCUAGUCACUUCCUAACUAAUUCAGUCUGCUGAGACAGCGAUCAGCCGGGGCAAGGUGAGCGAGAGUCUCCAGGUGGAACCGCAGAAGAACAUCAGCGCUGUCCGGAGAACUUCCGCUGGGCAACUAGCAAGCGAGGAGGCUUGCUAGCUACCGUAUCUUACUGUCGUCAGGGGCCGUUUAUCCAGUGUGGCCAUGGCGACUCCAGAUGACCUAAAGUUCCAAGAGUUUGAGGAGGCAACAGACCUGCUCUCUGCCGACCCCGGAGCCACAACCCUCAGCGUAUCCAGCCCUAGUACAGCCCCAGCUCAGGGGGACGUCAAACUGGACCUGUCAGAGGACGAUGAAGGCCAAGAGGAGAAUUCAGAGCUGUUGGGAAAGGAGAAACAAACCAGUGGUUUCUGGACCUUUGAGUAUUACCAAUCAUUCUUCAAUGUGGAUACAAUGCAGGUUCUGGACAGGAUCAAAGGGUCAGUGAUGCCUCUGCCAGGGCGAAACUUUGUCAAGCACCACAUUCGAAAUAACCCCGACUUGUACGGGCCCUUCUGGAUCUGCGCCACACUGGUCUUCUCUGUAGCCAUCAGCGGGAACCUGUCUACCUUCCUGAGCAAGAUGGGCGACCCACACUACCACUACCGGCCACAGUUCCACAGGGUGACAAUCGCAGCGGUGGUUGUGUUCCUGUACGCAUGGCUGGUGCCCCUGGGUGUGUGGGGGUUUCUGACGUGGCGGCAGGGGGCAGAGAGGCAGACUGGGGGAUACUCCUUCCUGGAGACAGUGUGCGUCUACGGAUACUCGCUCUUCAUCUACAUCCCCACUUCGGUGCUGUGGAUCAUCCCCUUUGAUUGGCUCCAGUGGCUGUUGAUCCUGGUUGCCAUGGUGAUCUCUGGCUCGCUGCUGGUCCUCACCUUCUGGCCAGCCGUCCGUGACGACACCAAGCUAACUGCCUUUGCCACCGUGACGACCAUCGUUGUGCUGCACGCUCUGCUCGCUAUUGGCUGCAAGAUGUACUUCUUCCAGACGGCCGUGCACACAGAGUCACCCUCCCCUUCCCUGGCCCCCUCCUCCUCCAACCACACAGCCGCACUGACCAGCGCAGUCAAGUCACACUGACCACGACAGCAGGAGAAAUUUCAGGGUGUUGGGGGCGUGGCGAUGGGAUUUGGGGCUUCACAGAGCUAUAUUGUAUAUUGCAAUAAAUCAGAUGUAUAUUCUGGUAACACUGAAGGACUUAAAAAAAAAAUAUUAAGUGCAUAAUGUACAUACGGAUGACUGAGGUUUGAUGUAGUAACAACUUAAGGGUUGCAAAACACAACUCCAGUCUAGAUAUCUCUAUAGGGCCUAUACCAACAGCGUCUCAUUUGAGUAACUCUUUUCUCUCCUAAUGUUUACAUGAAGUAUGUUACCUGUAAGUAUGAUUUAUUAAAUGUGAAUGUCACUGUCUUAUUUAUUUACUUGUCCAAUGGCUAUUAUUUUCUUUUGUUUGAGUCUAGGCUGCUUGGCAUUCCCUGAUAUCAUCAGUUCCCAAACUAUGUCAGGACCCUGGUAGGUCACGAGAUGUUUUUGAAUAAGCACAUGCUGUCUCAUACACCUCCAGACAUUGGCACUAAUCAGACAAAACAAUGCACUAGCUAGUGUACAUGCAGUUAUAUUCAGAUAUGCUUCAAACCAUAUUUUAUAUGUUACGAUAUAUUUUUUUGUGUGAGGAGGGUCACAAAAAGCGAAUUCACCCAUGAAGUAGGUCCUUGGCUUCAAGUUUGGGAACCCCAGCCCUAAAUGAAUCUUUAGUUUAGCGAAGCCCUUCUGGGGUAUCAUGAUUCCUUGCGAGCAGAGUUCAGCUAUCAGAUAUCCCAGUGAGACUCCGUCUGGUGGUUUCACAGACAGUGCCCUUUGGAGAAGUCCAGAAAUGGAGGAGUGUGAAACCACGCCGGAGUUGCGAAAGCCGCUAAGUCACAAGUGAGCUCUGAUGACUGAGUUCUGACAUAGGCCAUGCAUUGUGACAUCACUGAUGUGUACCCUGAGUUAAAGGCAGCAGUUUUUUGCUGCAGAAUAGAUGGACAUGGCAGGAUGGGGAAAGGAUACCCAAUCCAGCAUGGGCCAUUUUCACAAACAGUGACUUCAUAGGACAACCUUCUCAUCUACUGACAUACCUCGCUGCUAAUCCGGUAGCUGUCCGCUGCUCAUGUUUUGUGUCAUGUUUGUGUCCAUCACAGAUUGGUUUUGAUUUGUU